CGGGUAAUAGCCAAAACUUGCGUUUUUGGAGACAUUAUGCAAGUGUUACGCAAAUACAACUCUUGGAUAAUAAUUUGGUAAUACUGACUGGCGGUUCUUACGAGUCUUACUUAACGCAGCAAUUGUUGAUGCAUCUUCGCUCGGUCCUCCGACUCUUCACUACACCUAGAAUUCUAACUUGGCAAAGAAACAAGAUGACAUCAGUUGAAGCAGAGCCUCCUCAAAAGAAGCAGAAAGUUGAUGGGACUCAAUUGGAUAUACACUCUCGUAUUAAGAAUGAAAGGAUGGAGGUGGCUGAAAGUGUUAUGGACUUCAAAUUCAACAAGAAGCGUGUUGAGAUGAUAAGUAAAGCCACAGAUGUCCCAGAUGGAAGUCAAGGAGUUGUAUAUUGGAUGUCUCGUGAGCAACGAGUGCAAGACAAUUGGGCUCUGCUCUUUGCACAACUGCUGGCAAUGAAAAAUAACUUAUCGCUGCAUGUUGCCUUCUGCCUUGUUCCCAAGUUCUUAGAUGCCUCCUACAGGAUGUUCGAUUUUAUGUUGAAAGGGCUGGAAGAAGUGGCAGAUGAUUGUAAGGAACUUUGUAUAGAAUUCCAUCUACUCAUUGGUGAAGCAAAGGUUGUUCUUCCAAAAUUCAUCAAGAGUCACAACAUAGGAGGUGUUGUUACUGAUUUUUGUCCCUUACGUGUUCCUCAGCAAUGGGUAAAAGAUGUCAAGAAUGCUAUUCCAAGUAAUAUUCCUAUGUGCAGGGUGGAUGCACGCAAUAUUGUUCCAUGCCAGGUGGCUUCAGACAAACAAGAAUAUUCCGCCAAGACUAUUCGGAAGAAAAUUCAUGAUAAGCUUCCUACAUUUUUGACCAAAUUUCCACCAGUCGUUAAGCAUCCACACAAAAGCAAAACUGAGGCAGAGCCUGUAGAUUGGAUAGCUGCAGAUAAGUACUUGGAAUGUGACCGUUCUGUGGGACCAGUCUCAUGGGCAAAACCAGGAACAAAAGCAGGGCUAACUACGCUAAACGAUUUUUGCUUAAAGAGGCUUCGUAAAUAUGGUAUAAAAUCCAACGAUCCAACUGAAAAUGCACUCAGCAAUCUUUCUCCCUGGAUACACUUUGGUCAAGUAUCAGCUCAGAGAUGUGUGUUGGAAGUUACUAGAUACAAGAAGCAGCUAAAAGAACAAGUGGAUUCCUUUGUUGAGCAGAUGGUAGUGAGACGAGAACUGACUGAUAAUUUUUGCUUUUAUCAGAAAGAUUAUGACAACAUAAAUGGAGCAUAUGCAUGGGCAAGGAAUACCCUAAAUGACCACAGAAAAGACAAACGACUAUUGUAUACUAGAGGACAACUAGAGGAAGCUAAAACUCACGAUGAGUUGUGGAAUUCUGCUCAGAUUCAGUUGAUUAAGGAAGGAAAGAUGCAUGGAUUUUUGCGAAUGUACUGGGCAAAGAAAAUUUUGGAGUGGACAGCAAGCCCAGAGGAAGCACUAGCCAAUUGUAUAUAUCUUAAUGAUAAGUAUAAUCUAGAUGGCAGAGAUCCUAAUGGAUAUGUAGGAUGCAUGUGGUCAAUCUGUGGCAUACAUGAUCAAGGUUGGGGAGAACGCCCCAUAUUUGGCAAAAUUCGCUACAUGAAUUAUGAUGGUUGCAAGAGAAAGUUCAAGAUAGAAGCCUUUGUUGCAAGAUAUGGAGGAAAAAAACACAAGUAUGUUUCCCCAAUUAAAGGAUAGGAAGUGUAACUGUAUGCCAUUAAACCUAAAUGGCUUGAGCAUGUACAAAUUAGACCUUAACAUUCAGCAGUACUUAAAUAUUAUAUGUUUUAUGAUUAUUUAACAGAAUAAAUUGACUUUUUGCAAAUUUAGCAUUUUGUUUAGCAUCAUUCUGAUGUUUUGAAAUUAUAAGAAAUUUAUUUUACCAAACGAAACUUGUAUGUUGACACCAAGGCUGUCUUAAAACCUCUGGUUUAUAGUCUAAUGGUGAUUCCUUGUGUCUGAGGAAAAGAUUUUAUAAGCGAAGUCUGUGCCUGUUGAGACUG